CCUCAGCCAUCUCUACAGUUUGCGCUUCCACCCAUAGCAUCCUCACAGGCAUGGCUUCGAGCCAUGACCGACGAUCACUCCAACCCGAGCUGCCCGAUCAAGAUUGCGCACGGUACGACGACACUCGCUUUCCGUUUUAAAGGAGGAAUCAUCGUGGCUACAGACUCCCGUGCGACUGCUGGGAACUGGAUUGCCAGCCAGACGGUGAAGAAGGUCAUUGAGAUCAACAGCUGCUUGCUAGGAACGAUGGCUGGAGGAGCAGCAGAUUGCCAAUACUGGCUUGCAUACCUAGGUAUGCAGUGUCGUCUACACGAGCUCCGGCAUAAACGCCGCAUUUCUGUGGCAGCCGCCAGCAAAAUCCUCGCGAACCUCGUCUACAGCUACAAGGGAAUGGGAUUGAGUAUGGGAACAAUGUGCGCGGGAGUGACACCUGAAGAAGGCCCUGCUCUUUACUACAUCGACAGCGACGGAACUCGGUUGGCAGGCAACCUGUUCUGUGUUGGCUCGGGUCAGACGUUUGCCUACGGUGUAUUGGACGCAGAAUACAGCUAUGAGCUGGAAGAUGCAGAUGCGUUGGAGCUGGGAAGACGAAGUAUUUUGGCCGCUACUCAUCGUGAUGCUUACUCUGGCGGAUACAUCAACCUUUAUCACGUUAAGGAGGAUGGCUGGGUUAAGCACGGAUUCACAGACACGAACCCUGUAUUCUGGGAGACAAAGCUCACAAAAGGCGAGUUCUCCAACGUCACGGCCGAUUUGGACUGAACUCAACUGUGCGGUCUAUCUGCAUAACGCUCACGAUUUUGCUUCCCUGGCGAUACGCUUUCACGUAUAGCACGAACGGGAGAUGUACUUCUACAGGGUCAUGGCACAUUAGCAUUAGACGAGAAAUG